GAAGGGGCGUGUCUGGGUUGUUUGGUUACAGCUGAUAGUCGCGUCUUCCGCUGCCUCCAUCAUCAAUACGACACCGACUGCGACUAUUAUCGGGGGAAAAACAUCCACUGACAACAUUUCAUUAUCCUUCAGAACCGACCGGAACGGGGCCAAGGGUAUGUUUAACGGAUAAACGGCUGUUACGGUCGUCGUGUCUCGAAACCAACGGUGGUGGUGAAAACAGUGAGUAGGCUAUGUUAUAGACAGGGCAUACGGGAUGUAAUGGUUCGAUACGGUAUCCCAGGCUACAUCAAAGCGUCUCAGACAAUGACAAAUACGUGUUAUUUGACUUCAACUAUAAUCAUUUCAAUCUAAUAAUAACUGUUCAUGUUUCAGGAAACGCAGUUGUGCGAUUCGAAUCCUGAUAUAGUCACGUUGGGAUGGAGAGAGAAGGUGGGAGGGAUGAGAGAUGUGGAUAGAAUCAUGGGUGAGAGUAGAGGAGACCAUGUCAGUAGAGAGACAGUGUGUUAGUUAGGCUACUACUAUAGCUUACCCGAGUGGAAUUAAAUAGUGUAGAAGGACAUGGAGUGGGGGUUAUAGCCUAUCUGGCAGGAGCGACUCAUUCUUUCUCUCUCUCUCUCUCUCUCUUUUUCUUCUCUUCUUCUCUUUCUCUGUCAUGUCAAUGCAUUGAGGGCACUGUUGAAUACUGUAUACCGUCACACAUUACUGCCUGUAAUGUCUUGACGACAGGGGAGAGUUAGUGAGAAGAAAAGGCUAUAUAGGCCUAUACUCCUACACCCUUUUGCAGCAAUCGCGCCAUCUACAUUUCAUUGCAGAUUGAAAGGUGCAAGAGUAGCCAGAUGUAACCUGAUGUAGCUGUCAACAAUUGUGUACCUACACACACACAACCACACUUCAUAACAGCACAUACCUUUUUGCCGCUCUCUCACUCACUGCCUUGUAGGCAGGGCCUAAUCGCCCACUCAAGCUGCACAAACAUACGCACACACACACCCAUAUCACACACACACACAUGUUGCACACGUAAGUCAUUUAUAAGUUCAGAAACAACCUGAAUAGUAACUGAAUGUUUGCUUUUCUGCACAGUUUAUUGCUCAAUCUUGGUCAGGUCGUUAUUGUAAAAGAGAAUGUGUUCUCAAUGUCUUACCUGGUUAAAUAAAGGCAAAAUAAACAUAGGACGUUGCAUACCGUGGUUGCUCCACUAAAAUAUUUGCGAUUAUGCUGCGGUACUUAGAGGUAAUUUAUGGUUUAGUACGGUACCCUGCGUCACCACUUCAUUGUUCCAGACCAGCACAAUGGGGAGUUAGAGCACUGAUUAUGCUUUUGGGGCCUACUGUCUCUCUAACUGACAAUGAAUGGGUGACAUAAACCUAAAUAGAAACUGAUAAUUGUGCACGACUUCGGUAUUACUUACUAAAACUGUAGUUACACUAAGGUUUUUAUUAUUUUAUUUUAUUAGAAUUAUUUUGCUCUUACUGUAGUAGUGUAGCCCACUCCCGACCGGUCACGUUGUACAGCACCUGAGUGGCGCAACGGUCUAAGACACUGCAUAACAGUGCAAGCUGUGUUGAUGCUGGUUCAAUACCCGUGCCGGCCUUGACUGGGAGACUCAUGAGACGACUGUAGAUUUUUGGUUUCUCUCCCUCUAAAAACAGAUAUUGUCACACCCUGAUCUGUUUCGCCUUUUUUGGAUUGUCUCCACCCCCCUCCAGGUGUCGCCCAUCUUCCCCAUUAUCCCCUGUGUAUUCAUACCUGUGUUCUCUGUUUGUCUGUUGCCAGUUCGUUUUGUUUCGUCAAGCCUACCAGCGUUUUGCCCUCUGUUCCUAUCUCUCGAUUGUUCCUGUUUUCAAGUUUUCUGCCUGCCCAGACCCUGAGCCUGCCUGCCGUCCUGUACCUUUGCCACACCUAUCUGGAUUACUGCGCCCCUGCCUGCCUUGACCUGUCUUUUGCCUGCCCCUGUUGGAUUAAUAAACUGUUGUUAAUUCGACAUUGUCUGCAUCUGGGUCUUACCUGAAACGUGAUAUAAAUAAAUAAUUCUAAAUAGCAAACUGGCUUUAUUUACAAAUUAGUAACAAUGUCACCCGAUGUUCAAGAAUGGCUUUUUUUCUCACUCAUUUUACGUUAUAUGAAAUAAUCUCCAAAAUAUUGUUAUUUUUUAAAUAAAGCGAUGAUUAUUCAUUUUGAACUAUAUAAAAGCCCCUUGGAUAUUCUCAUUGAUAUAUUAUUAAUCCUGUUAUUAGCAGGACAAUAUAUAUUGGUCAUAUUGGUCAUGGCUCCCGAGUGACGCACAAUGGGAUUGCCUUGCAUUUCUCCAGCUGUAUCUACUGAAAGCACGCAAGGUUCCAGGCACGAGGGCAGGGGGCAUGGGACGGACCGCAGUGCCGCGCACAGAAGAUGGACCUAGCCCAUGGGGAAGGGAGGGGGGGGGGGGUGGAUCCCCACCCAGCCACACUGGGUAGCACAGAGCAACAGUGUAAGGGUCACUGUAAUGGAGCUGACUAGGGAAACGUUCCCGCUGUUCUUAGUGCCAGUCUGUUCUUAGUCAAACUAAAACAAUGUAACUAAUAAUGGCAUCUUUAUGCUUUCGUUAAUUAAAUAAUGAUCAAAAAUACUCUUUCAGAAGCCGAUGUUUAUUUAGUUAUGGAUCCAUAAUGAAUUACUAUGGGAAUAAAUAUCACUGAAUUACAGAAAUAUUGGAACAGAGUUGUCUCAUAAAGGUAAACAAAUGGUUGAUUACUGGAAAAUACUUUUUCAAACACACACGGUCACGUACUACAGUGCCUUUAUGGCUAUGAGCAAGUAGUUGGACAAUAGACCUGCCUAGAAGGAGGGUAGGGGGAUAAUUCUAUCGUCAAAUGUAUUUCUUAGUUAGGUUGGCUGUAUCACAACCGGCCGUGAUUGGUUGCAAUUUCAGUUUAAUCCACCAGAAAAGACCAAACAAAUAAUACAACAAAAUGUGUUAUUAUUAUGUAUCACAUCCAACCGUGAUUGGGAGUCCCAUAGGGCAGCGCACAAUUGGCCCAGCGUUUCUCUCCCUCUAAAAACAGAAAUAAAUGUUUUUGCCUUUACAAAUAUUAUUUUGGCCAUUAUUCAGAUUACAAUCGCUCACUUUAGUUUUUUUGAAAACAAAAUUACCUCCAAAAUAUUGUUAUAUAUUAUCAAAUUGAUGGCACAGUCAUUUAAAAAAAUAUAUAUAUAUAUUUCACCUUUAUUUAACCAGGUAGGCCAGUUGAGAACAAGUUCUCAUUUACAACUGCGACCUGGCCAAGAUAAAGCAAAGCAGUGCGACACAAACAACAACACAGAGUUACACAUGGAAUAAACAAACGUACACACAAUAGAAAAAAAAGGCUAUAUACAGUAUGUGCAAAUGGCGUGAGGAGGUAAGGUAAUAAAUAGGCCAUAGUAGCGAAGUAAUUACAAUUUAGCAAAUUAAAACUGGAGUGAUAGAUGUGCAGAUGAUGAUGUGCAAGUAGAAAUACUUGUGUGCAAAAGAGCAAAAAAGUACAUAUAAACAAUAUGGGGAUGAGGUAGGUAGAUUGGGUGGGUUAUUUACAGAUGGGCUGUGUACAGCUGCAGCGAUCGGUUAGCUGCUCAGAUAGCUGAUGUUUAAAGUUAGUGAGGGAGAUAAAAGUCUCCAACUUCAGAGAUUUUUGCAAUGUGUUCCAGUCAUUGGCAGCAGAGAAAUGAAAGGAAAGGCGGCCAAAGGAGGUGUUAACUUUGGGGAUGAAUAGUGAGAUAUACCUGCUGGAGCGCGUGCUACAGGUGGGUGUUGUUAUCGUGACCAGUGAGUUGAGAUAAGGCAGAGCUUUACCUAGCAAAGACUUAUAGAUGACCUGGAGCCAGUGGGUCUGGCGACGAGAACAUACAGUGGUGGGUGGUAUAUAGGGCUUUGUUGACAAAACGGAUGUCAAUGUGAUAGACUGCAUCCAGUUUGCUGAGUAGAGUGUUGGAGGCUAUUUUGUAAAUGACAUCGCCGAAGUCAAAGAUCGGUAGGAUAGUCAGUUUUACGAGGGUAUGUUUGGCGGCGUGAGUGAAGGAGGCUUUGUUGCGAAAUAGGAAGGCGAUUCUAGAUUUAAUUUUGGAUUGGAGAUGUUUAAUAUGAGUCUGGAAGGAGAGUUUACAGUCUAGCCAGACACCUAGGUAUUUGUAGUUGUCCACAUAUUCUAAGUCAGAACCGUUCAGAGUAGUGAUGCUAGUCGGGCGGGCGGGUGCGGGCAGCGAUCGGUUGAAAAGCAUGCAUUUAGUUUUACUAGCGUUUAAGAGCAGUUGGAGGCCACGGAAGGAGUGUUGUAUGGCAUUGAAGCUUGUUUGGAGGUUUGUUAACACAGUGUCCAAAGAAGGGCCAGAUGUAUACAGCAUGGUGUCGUCUGCGUAGAGGUGGAUCAGGGAAUCACCCGCAGCAAGAACGACAUCGUUGAUAUAUACAGAGAAAAGAGUCGGCCUGAGAAUUGAACCCUGUGGCACCCCCAUAGAGACUGCCAGAGGUCCGGACAACAGGCCCUCCGAUUUGAUACACUGAACUCUAUCUGAGAAGUAGUUGGUGAACCAGGCGAUGCAGUCAUUAGAGAAACCAAGGCUGUUGAGUCUGCCGAUAAGAAUACAGUGAUUGACAGAGUCGAAAGCCUUGGCCAGGUUGAUGAAGAUGGCUGCACUGUACUGUCUUUUAUCGAUGGCGGUUAUGAUAUCGUUUAGUACCUUGAGCGUGGCUGAGGUGCACCCGUGACCAGCUCAGAAACCGGAUUGCACAGCGGAGAAGUGUGUGUGCCUCCAGUGCCUCCUUUAGCCCUUGAUGACCCACACUGCUUCCCAGUGUGUGAGGCUGAGUGACUCUCUGUCCCCUCUAACCCCUCACCCCUGACCCCUCGUCAUGGGCAGUGUGGGUAGUGGAGUGGCAGGGGAACAGGAGUUUGCCAUGAAGUCCGUGGGCACUAGGACCACCCUGCCUCGCGCUCCGCCCCUGUCUCGCCGUUGCCCCGCCGACCGUAGCUGCAGCGCCGAACGACUCCCCCCACCCCCAGCGACAGCCUCCGAGGGAACUGCGUCUAGUGAAGAACGAGGAAGUAUUAGUAUUGGGACCGCAACUGGGAAAGACCGGCCCCCGGACUCUGACACGGACCGUACCGCUACAACUGCAUCCAACUGUGACCGGGGGGAUACAGGGGUGGGAUACGGAAACGGAGCAGGAAGGAGGGAGCGGGAGAGUGGAGGGAGGGAAAGGGAGAGUAGAGAGGAUAGGGAGAGUAGAGAGUGGGAGAGGGAGAGGGCAGAGAGGGAGAGAGAAAGGGAGUGGGAGAGGGAAAGAGAAAAGGAGAGGACAGAGAGGGAUAGAGACAGGGUAGAGAGGGAGAGGGAUAGAGAGCGGGAGAGGGUAGAGAGGACGAGAGAGAGGGUUGAGAGAGAGAGGGAAAGAGAGCCACGAGGAGGGGUUGUGAGUCUGGAUGUAUGCAGUAACUUGGUGGGACUGGGGGGGAAUGAUAUUGGUACUGGGAUGACCCCCCACCAACAAAGAGACACUGGAGGGACCAAUACAGACAAUCACAACAACCCUCCAAACCACAACCCACCCAAAAUCCUGCCUGUCUCUGGCAAACUAGAGCAGAACAACUCCGGGCUGGUUCGUCCUUCUGCCUUCAAACCAGUGGUUCCCAAAAGCUUUCACUCCAUGCAGAACCUCAUAGGCCAAACCACUAGUGGUGAGGGUAGGGGUGCGGGGGGGCGUAGAGAAGGAGGAGCAGGGGGAGGAGAACCAGGGGCAGUUCCAGAGGCCCUCAUUCUAGACCAGGACAGCCCAGGAAGAGGCAGCUGCCGGGCAGAGGGAGCAGGAGGGGGUCAGGGAGCAGGAGAGGUCCAGGGGGGGAUGUCAGAUUCGGGUAGAAACUCCUUGACCAGCCUGCCCACCUACACAGGCUCUGGGUCGGGCUAUGUGCCCCCAGCGGCCCUGGGUACUCUCAGUGCUUCUACCAGCCAUAUCAACAGACUGGGGACCACCGCUGGAGCUGCAGCUGCUCAGGACAAGCUGGAGAAACCAGGCUACCAGAAUGGGCUGAGUGCCUCGGACAGUGGCCACUCCUCUUCAGGAAAGAGCUCCUCAUCCUAUCAGAGGCUGAGCCACCUGGGGGACACCCCAGCACCCCUUCGCCCCUCGCCUUCCUCUGAUGACGUCAUCCAAGACCUGGAGGACCGGCUCUGGGAGAAGGAGCAAGAGGUGCAGCACAUGCAUCGUAACUUGGACCAGAGCGAGGCAGCCAUCGUCCAGGUUUUUGAGGAGAAGCAGCGCGUGUGGGAGAGACAGAUGGAAGAGCUGCGACAGAACUAUGCCUCCCGCCUGCAGCAGGUGACCACACAUUCCACAGCGGCAUUAACCAAUAAGAAUCCACCAAAUGUUGUUCAUCUCUUCCUCUGUGUACAGGUGACGCGCCGCGCCCAGCGCUCCCAGAAUGCCCUGCAGGCCCAGAUCACCCGUCUGUCGCAGGACAAGCGGCGCCUGCAGGAGGAGAUGCCUGCCUUGCUGGCCCAGAGAGAAGAGCUGGAGAGGAAGUGUCUGGACUUCAGGAAGGAACAGGCCGACAUACUGCCACGCCUGGAGGAGACCAAGUGGGAGGUAUGUCAGAAAGCAGGGGAGAUCUCCCUGCUGAAGCAGCAGCUGAGGGAGAGCCAGGUGGAGGUGACCCAGCGGGCGGGAGAGAUGGUGGCCCUCAGGGGUCAGCUGAAAGAGGCCAACGCUCAGCUGAGAGACCGGGAGGAGGUCAUGCUGGGCCUCAAGGACUCCUACACCAACAAGAGCCUGGAGCUGGAGCGCUGCCAGGGAGAGCUGAGGAGGACGCUGACUGAGGUGUCUAUCCUGAGGGAGAAGCUGGGUGUGUUUGAGGCUGAGGUUCUGGGUCUUAAACGAACUCUGGGGGAGCUGGGCGGAGCGGUUGAUCCUACAAUAACACAAACCCUAGCAGCAGGAGGGCUACUCCCCCCCUGGGGGGCUCUCUACUGCCUCCGCACCCCCACUGAGCCCUCAUCCACCCCCCUUACCCACACCUCAGAUGCCCUGCUCAGCUUUCAGAGUGAUGAGGCAAAAGCCCAGAGGCAAGAGACACAGAGACAGGAGAGGCAGCAGCGUGAAGAGGCCCAGUGGUGUGACAUGCAGCCACGCCAGGAGGCCCAUCUCCGUCAAGAGGCUCAUCUCCACCAGGAAUCCCAACUGCGUAAGGAAGCUCAACUUCGCCAGGAAGCCUACUUGCGUCAGGAGGCCCAGCAGCAGCAGCAGCGCCAGGAGGCCCAGUGGGAGGAAUCAGGGAACCUGCGUGAGCAGCUGGAACAGCUCCAGGGGGCCUUACGUCUAGAACGUCAGCAGAGAGAGCUCCAAGCCCACAGUUUUGACCAGGAGCGACACACCUGGAUUGACGAGAAGGAGCGUGUGCUGAAAUACCAGGCGCAGCUCCAGGUCAGCUAUGUGGAGACUCUACAGAAAAACCAGGCUCUAGAGCAACAGGUGGGACAGCUGGGGACCAAACUUACCCCCUCCCCCUCAUCUUCCAGCUCCCCUCCCCCACCACCAGCCCUGUCAACCCUCCCUCCCCUGCCCUCCGUCUCUCUCCCUGCCCCCAUUGCACUCAGCCUCUCACCCCCGCACUGUGAGGACCAGAAAGGCCCCCCUUCCCUCCUCCAGCUGCCCCCACACUGGGCAGGGCCCUCACGCCUGGAGAGGAUAGAGUCCACUGAGAUUUAGAGAGGCUCCAUUCUACUGAAUAUCAACUUGAUUACAAACAACAAAAGACAUAUUAAACUACAAAACAGAACUGCAACGCAAACUGUACCAUUGCAUAUUGUACAGUUAAAACAACCAAUGCAAACUGAACAGCAGAGAACAAUACACUAGAGUUUAGACUAUGAACACAAACUAUAAUUGAAUACGAUACAGUAUUAAAGAAAACAACAGAAAAACAAACUGAAAGGCUACAUUAUAGAAUGCAAUAUAAACUACAUUACAAGCAAAGUACACUAUAUCUGAAUAUUAAAACUAAACUACUAAAUCCUGUCAAUGAUAAAGUAUCCAUUGCUUACCAGGCAUUCUUGGUGGGAAGCAGUGACACUCAGAUGGAAGCAAGAUUGGCACCAAAAGUUCCAAGAUGAGAACAUUCUAGUUUGAAUGCAAAUAACCAUGUUAUUGUUCUGGAAGGCUCGGUACCAACCUGGAGGGUAGUUUGCCAAACUGCAUGUCUAUGAUAAUGGGACAUGAAGCCGGGGAAAACAGAAUCAUAUUUUAGAGGAUAAUCGGGCGAUGUUUUGCAGAAUGUGCUUGUCUUUUCCAUUUCUGGGCCGAUGUUUCUCUCAGAAGGUGUGUGAGAGGAUUGUGAUGAGAAAGUGUCGGAAAGUGAAAAUUGUGGAUGAAAAAUCCAAAGUGGUUUUUAAUAGGAGGAAAUUAGGAGAAUAGUAGUAUAGUUGAUUGGUAGUUGUUUGGUUGGUUCCAUUUCAGCUCAUUUCCUGAAGUGGCUUGAGAUGAAAUGUAGUCGAACUCUGAAUGAUUCUUCAUGUAGAUUCAGGGAUAUUGGAGAACCUCCCACUAGGCACAGAUGUCAUUUCAACGUCUCUUCGACAUUGGUUCUUCGUCAUUUCAUUGAAACGAUGUGGAAACGACAUUGAUUAAACCAGUAUGUGCCCAGUGGGCUGGCUCUCUGGCACUACAAACUGUCCGCGGUGACUGAAGAUGAACACAAGGGGUCCGCAUUGAGCUGUGUCAGACCUCCCCACCAGCAGAGAAAAUUACUUGAAAAUGACUGUUUAUUCCGGGGUCUGCGAAAGAGACACGGGAAACACACUGGCUUUACUCGGAUAUUGUCAUUAUUUAUACUUUCAGAUCAUGCUUUUAUGACCCAAGAGUGGGAGGAGAGGAGAAGACCAAGUGACAAGAGUGAGCAGAAAGAAUGAGGUGAAAAAAGUGAGGACAGAGCUGAAACUGACUUCAUAUGUAAAAAUAGGAGGCAAGUGAGAGUACAGUAGUGAAAGAAUGAGAGGCUUGGGCCAGAGAAAGGCUGAAAUAACUUUCCCCCACCCAGCCCUUUCAAAUCAGCAAGGGUGCCAGUUUUCAAAAUGGGAUGCAUCCCAAAGAGUUAGAGAGCCAGACAAAGGAAGACAUUGCCUUCCCUAGGUAGGGUUCAGACUUACUGCACUAUGUCCUAUUGAGGAGAUCAGACCGAAAGUAGACUCGAUUAGAUGUGAAUAGUUUGGCUUUUAUGUGUUCAUGUUUAUUCCAGCAUACCAAGAUACUGCGUGUGAAUAUUUAAAGAAAUCAAAUUAUUACUAUUACAAUUGUUAUUAUUAUUCUUGUGAAUCGGACAAGUAUUAUGAGCUUUUCUUGAAUGUUUCUUAACUGUAUGAAUGCUAGUUUAGAUCUACUACAUGGUUCAAAUAUAUUGUAAGAAUAUGUCGAAAAUCAACUACUAACAAUAUCAACUAUAUCCAAAGCCGUUGUUAGUUUCUUUUUUUGUUGUUGGUGAUGUCAAUGUAAUUACUGUAUUGUUUUAGAGGGGAAAUUGCCACCAAUGUUUUUGUACUUAUUUUAACGGUUUGUAUUUAUGUUACUGUAAUGGCUUGAUGAAGAUCACUCCUGGGUAAAAUCAAACUGAAUCAAUAAAGAUGCAAGUAAAUAAACAUGA